CUCUAAGCCGACCAUGGCGAUUCACGCUAUUCUUUUGUCUGCUCUGGCGACGUUCCAAUUGUCUUACGCCCGCGUGGUAUCACCUCAUACAGAAAGAAGCAUACAGAAUGCAAGGCCUCUCCUACGAGACUUUGAUGCUCUGGGUGCUUGGUACGACGGCGUCGCGGGUAUCAAGCAGAGUGCAAUCCCUCGUCAGCCUAAUGUCACCAUUGCUAUCGUUGGGGCUGGCAUCUCUGGUUUGACUACAGCACUGAUGCUUGAUAGUGUCGGCGUACACAACUGGGAGAUCGUUGAGGCCAGCGAUCGCGUUGGUGGACGUUUCAGAACGAAAUUCUUCGCGGACACUCAGGAGUGGGUAGAAAUGGGACCUAUGCGCCUCCCUUACACCAUAACAUACGACAGCGACAAUUCAACACAUGAGUAUACGGACCACCGAAUGGUCUUCCAACUGGCUGAAUGGCUGAAUGAACUCAAUCAUCACGACCCACGGUGGGAGGUGGAAUUCAUUCCAUGGAUCCAGCACCAUCCAAAUGAGCUGAUGGCGCGCGGGGGCAAGAAGACUUCUGAUGGCCGGAUUCCAACACGGGCAGACAUUGCUGCCAAUGCAGAGCUUCAGUCUGCACCGCCACUUCUUACCGCUGAUUACAACAGCACCAAAGAGAAGAUGAACGCCAUCCUGAAGAACGAAACAACUCUCCGGGCUAUACAGAAAGAUGUCUGGCGUGCGCAUCGAGCAGCAAUGGAUAGGGGUCUUGAUGACAUCAGUCAACAAGCCAUGAUGCGCAACGUCUUCAACGCAAGCGAGAACACUACUGACGCUAUAUGGACUGCGUCUGAUUACGAUCUGUUCUGGGACGAGAUGGUCCAUAAUUCCAACCUAGCCCAGGAUGGUAGCUCGGGCACGUUAGGAGAGACAGAGUGGAAGUGCAUCGACAAAGGAUUCAACAAGCUUUCCGAUGCUUUCAUACCGUUGAUAAGUGAUCGAAUUGUGUUGAAUCGCAAGAUCACCAAGCUGGAAGCUGUGAAUGGAUCUUCGGGUUUGCCCAGGACUCGUCUCUCAUGGCAUACUGGUGGCAAAGACCGAGGUUUGUCUCACAAAGAUUACGAUUUCACCAUCAUCACUGCACCAUUCACUGUCACCCGGUUCAUGGAUCUUCCGAAGUUCUCAUCUGUACUUGGGCGUGCUAUUAGCGAAGCUGGUCUACGAUUCAAAUCUGCAUGCAAGGUCGCCCUACUCUUCCGGGAGCGUUUCUGGGAGAAAGGAGAACGCCCGAUCUUUGGCGGCUACUCUCAGCCCCUUAGUGUUGCUGUUGGUGCCCUUUACUAUCCUGUCUAUGGUCACAACGAGACUGGGCGCCCAGGGGCGAUUAUUCAUUACCGUGGAGGUGACUGGAGCGAUCGUUACAUGAGCUUUUCCGACGAACAGCAUGUAGAACAGGUUCUUGAUGCAAUUGUCAGCCUGCAUGGCGAGCAGGCGAGGGAGCUAUACACAGGCCAAUUUGAGCGUCUCUGCUGGCUAGAGGAUGAGCACUCAGCUACGUCCUGGUGCAGACCAGACGUUCAGCAGCAUGCACUAUACAUUCCUGCGUAUCAUGCCACAGAGCACAACACAAUUUUCAUCGGCGAGCAUACCGCUCCGACGCAUGCGUGGGUUAGCUCGUCAAUUCAUUCUUCUGUUAGAGGGGCUAUACAGCUUUUGUUGGAGAUAGGUAUGGUAGCUGAGGCCAAAGCCCUCAAUGCUAGAUGGAUGGGACGGUGGAUCGAUUUUGGUGUAUAA